GUGAUUUUCGUCGUUGUCGCAGUUCCCUUCCCCGCGCUGCGGGUUGUAUUGUUUUUUGUUGUUGCCGUAAAUUUGUGAAUGAAGAGAUAAUGUUUAUAAAUGCGUGUUAAAUUAAUAAUUAAUUACUUUCGCAAACUGUAAAUCACAUUAUUUGUGUUAAGUAAAAAGAAUUUUUUUUUAUGAAGCCUAGCAAGUGAUCAUAAACUUUAAACUUUGGUUUAAGUUAUUGUGGAAUAAUUUGUGACCAUGGAGCUAAGUGUGGACCAGUUCAUCGAUGGUCUCCUGACGAAGGAGGCGGCGGAGCGGCCCUCGGACUCCGCCAAGCCAGAGGACAUCAAGUUGGAGCUGCCGCCCUGGUACGACGAGAAACUCUUCAACAAAGGCCGCAGCUUCUACUGGAGCAACUGCUUUUCCCUCGCCACCUCAAUGUUCAUCGGGCUCAUAGCGGUGUUCUCGAUCCCGUCCAUCCUGCGCGUGCUGGUGGGCUCCCAGCGCUCCUCGUCGUGCUUCACGGCGUACCGGCGCUACCUGUCCACCAUGCUGCACACCACCGCCUGGUUCCAGCACGAGCUGCGCCCGCCCACUGAAUCCUGGAAGUCCCUAGAAGCGGUCCGCACGCGCCACGCCCGCGCCUCCCGCGCCUCCUGCCUCCGCGGCGGCGGGCCGGUCUCGCAGCGAGACAUAGCACUCACGCAGUUCGGCUUCCUCGGCUUCGCUGUGCUGAGGCCCACCAAGUUCGGCCUCCGGGGGUUCAGUGAGGACGACUGGGAAGCGUAUAACCACUUUUGGCGGGUGAUUGGGUAUAUGAUCGGGUUGGAGGAUAGAUACAACAUAUGCCGCAAAAACAUCCACGAAACCCGACAAGUCCUCCAGAUCCUGCUCGACAGAGUCUUCACUCCGUGCCUCACCAACGUGCCUGAGCACUUCGAGCACAUGUCUCGAGUCAUGAUCGACGGGCUCUGGUCCGUCAACCCCACGGUCAACACCGAGGCGGCGCUGUAUUAUACCAAGUACAUGGCCAAUGUGCCUGGCUAUGUUUAUACGGAGGAGGAGAGGAUAGCCUUCCAGAUUAAGCUGAAGGGAUUGUUGAAGGAUCAGCCGAUUGAUUGUGGUAUAAGAACUGAAGAUCUCAUUGAGAAGCCGGCUAUCGAGGGCCUCCCUGACACUCCUCUGCCACUGCUGUACUACAAAGACUAUGACGUAUUAGACAACGUACCCACCUACAAAAACCUCACUUGGUUCGAAAGAUACAAGCUCAACUCUAACACUUUGUUCAUGCAACUGUAUUCCACUAACUUGGGAAGGAUAUACUUCAAUCUCAACUACCUCUGGAGUCUAUUGCUCAUGAAGUAUUUCCCGUAUUUAGCCUUCUACAGGUUUGGAAUCAAACAAUCAUUCGUCAACAUCUUUGUAGAGGACCCCAAAGAUGAGACGAAGCCGAAACCCAAUUCUGAGUACCAGAAAGUCAGGAUCUUGCCGUGGUACAAGCAAAUUCUGUCGUUCUUCUGGUGAUGACUUUGAACAAUGUUAAUUAAUUUUAAGUGACGUCUUCGAAUUCGAUUCGAAGGAAUUAUAGUAGUUAGGUAUUGAUUUUAUGAGAUUAACGCAAUCAUGACAAGUUAUAAUGUUGAUAACAUUUUGAUAUUUGAAUGCAAUUUAUUUACAUGUGACGUAUGGACUUUAUUGGUCCACAUAUUUUUAGUUUAUUGAUUUUAUAGUGAUUAUUUUUAUUUCAGUUUUAGGUGUAUGUUAUGUGUGGAUAGAUAGAACUAUCU